AUGAGCGAUGCAGCAUCAGGGCGAAUCAACGCUCUUGUGCUCAAGCUUCGCCACCCUUUGACUCGAAUUCGACAUCGAGCAUUGCACACUUUACUCUUUAAGCUUCGAGAGCAUCUAAUACACUACAAGGAACUGGAGCCACUGCACUGUACACUUGUGCCUGCUUUGCUAGCCUGUCUGGAGCCGCCGAUGGGAGUGGAGACGCUGCAUGUGCUACAAUUACUGGUACAAAACCAUUCGGAAGCAUUUUUGGCUAGUUUACAGCACCAUGGAGCAGCAGAGAAACUCCAACGAGCUGCUAAUGCUAAUCCCGAGCUUCAGACGAGCUUCGAUCAGCUCUUAAAGCAAAUUUACACGACAAAAUUGGUGGAAGUAGAUUGCAAGUCCAAGAAGCAGACAGGAAACCCAAAGGAAAACCUUCAGCCAAAGGCUGAACCAAAAAUAGUCAGUAAAAUGCUGACAAAUCGACGAUUAGCACCUAAAGUUGACGAGUUGGAAGCUUCUGGCUGGCGAUUCGCUCAGGUUACGCUAGUGUCGGCGGAUGAUCAGUAUUUGUUCGAGUUUGAGGUGAAACUUCAGCUAAGAACCGAGACUCGGGAUAUUGUGGCAGCUUGUGCGAUAUUUCGGAACGAUAUUUUGAGAAAUUUUCCAGCUGAACUUUUCUUGCAGCGUCCAUUGAUACUGCAAUAUUUAUUACAUUUAUUGCAGCAGCCACUUUUGCCCGAGAUGCCGAGAAUGAUAAAUGAAGAAAGCUCAGACAUUUUGAUGGAAAAAGCGAUGGAAAUAUCUUUGGGUGUAAAUUAUUUUGAUGAAUUAGGCAGCGCAACUUAUUCAAGCAAGCGUGGACAUGUUUGUGGUGCAAUAGUGAUGGCAAGUCUUAAAGCAAUCGAGUCGUUUUUGUAUGCGCUAAGACUCUCACGAAGGGUAAGUCUAGAUCCAACUUAUGUGGUGCACAAGUCUCGUGCGCUAGUGGAGUCAUCUGAUUCGUACGAAACACUUCGCGUGUUGUAUCCACGUGCAAGGGUGGAGGUUGGAGAAGACGUGCUUAGUAUUUCCGAACGAAGGACUGACAGCCAUCUAGAGCAAUUUUCAUUCAGUGGAGCCAUAUACAAGCUUUUUGUCUGCAUUUUGCCGUUAUUGCGAUCGGCUAGACAUCCUCGACUGCAUUUGCUAAAUCUUCUUAUUUCGGCACUUCCUGAUCUUCCAGAACAGAGCCGUACAGAUCCUACGAUUACGAGCGUUCAGCAACUGGAUAAAUUGCGGCUCGAGCGUAUUUUUGAUAUAAUCUGUGGGAUCUGUAGACCCUUCCAAGCAAGCCAAUUAGGUCAUUCAGUGAUAAACAGCGAUCUUGAGCUAACGCAUUCGAUGACAUGGAAAUUUGUAGAACUUGUUAUUAGGCUAUUACGUUUGUAUUCGGCGCAUCACUUUUUGGUGGUGGAUGUUAAAUCUGAAAGUAAUGAAGGGCGCUGUAGCACGAAAAGUGACAAAAUUAUUGUUCCACGACAGCUGUGGGAAUCGGUCAAAACAUGGAUAGCUAAUCCAGUAUUUUCAAGCUUAUUUGCUAAAAAGUGGGAUAAAGACUCGAUCAUUCAAGAUUUCUCACAGAUCGACGCCACAAUUUAUGCUUUCGUUCAGUUAAAGCAAUCUUCGAGGCAAGAUGCAAAGCAAAUUCUUGAUUUCGUUGAAUUUGCUAAAGAACACCGUGAAACAGAUUUUGAGUUGAAGGAGAAACCAGACUUCUUAACUAUUGAUGUUGCGCGAAAAGCUCUUCAGGCUAGAACAGCCUUCGGUGAAUCGAACGUCAAGGCAAUUGCAGACGCUGCACUUCUGACAAUUCGAUCUGUCAUGACGGCAGAAGCCGGAAAUGACGACAGGAGGCCAACAGAUAAUGACCUGGAAAAUAUUCAGUUCAUUCUUUGUGAUCUGCUGAGUGGACUGGGUCAGAUGACGACGUCUACGUCAAAUGAAGCAAUUGUAUAUUACUUCUUUCACGGAUUUUCUGAAUUGACUGACAGCCUAUACAAUGAAAAUUCGCAAGGAUUGAGCGAUUACCGGCAUCAGUGCUUUGUAAAAAUUUUAGCUGAACCAAAGUUCUUGACGUUGUUGCUACUGAUAUUAGCUACACACAAUGACGCAAAUGAUCAAGUAAAUAACGCGGCACUUUGGGCAACUUUCCGUACAGCUUUGCAUCAGCUAACAGGCGAUAAGGUGGCACUCUUUGAACCGGUAAUUCCAUUGAUUCAGCACUUUGCAUACAUCGAAUCAUCCGAAAUGUCAUCACAAGAUCAACAUCAAACUCAAUCUAAAUUAGCAGAAAUUUUGAUUGAAUUGGAAUCUAUUGUACCUGACCAUACGAGAUACCUCUCGAUCUGCCGUUGUUUGCUUCAUAAGUCAUCAUACAUUCGUAAGGCCGCUGCGUCAGGAAUUCUUCGCAUAUUGUCUCGGACGUGCUCGACUAGUGCUGACUGGAUCUCGAAACAUAGAGAAGUCCUACAAGACCCAUUUGGGGGACCUUACUCUAAUGAUGGCGAAAAUGUGAACCUGGAAGUAACACUGAUGGAGACGCCGUUGCCAGUUAGUCAGACAAAAGCAUAUACCCCGAAUGAAAACGAGUUAUCGGCACAGCUAAGCAAGUUGUCUCACCUGUACAAAGUAAUUUCUGGAACUUCUUCAACCUUACAAGGCAUGCGAGUAGCGGCACUUAAAGAGUUAGUGGUGGUGUUUGAAAAUGCGUCAGCUGAGACGUUCACGUUGUUUGAAGAGCUUGCCAGAUUCUCGGACCUUACUAAAAUAAUUCAUGCAAGCCUCCGAACGGAAGCCGGUCAGAUUAACUCCCCAUUGGUUUAUCAAUCGCUUCUAUUGCUUCGAACUCUAUUAUUUCGCAGCCGAAUGCUGCGUUCUGCUGUGCAACAUACAAGUGAUAUGGUGGAGUUAUAUUUUCUAUUAAUCUUUCAUCCAUUGAGCUCAAUUCGGGCCCAAAUGUACUAUAUUAUACUUCUAUUGACGUGCUCUGCCGAGAAUUUUAUCCCUCACAAAGCACAAAUGGAAUAUCUGAAAAAUGAUGACGGCUCAGAAAUUAUAAACGCAAGAAUUCCCGAUAUGCUUAAAUCGACUUUUGGCUUGUAUUCAAAUCGCUGGGCGCGAUGUUUCGUUGUUACCCUUUCGCUACAACAACAUCUGCAAGCUACUUUUAAGCAACUGACCACGCAAUCGAAUGUGUUAUGGUUACAGGAAAUCCAGUCGAUUGUUUGUCAGAAAUCUAGUGGCUGUUGCACAGACGAAAUGGGGCUCAGGGGAAGCGAUCACCUUGCUUCGGCUUUAAGUGCAGAAUACGCCUUCAUAGCUCGCAGACUUCGAGAGGCACCCUCGCACGGAAAGUGCUUGAACGCACUAUAUCAUUUGAUGAUGAUAUGUAAAGCGUGGUGUGUUGGACGCGAACAUUUUGUGAACGAAUGGGAGGCCGAUUUUGAACGUUAUGUCACCAAGCCUCCGAAAAGUGAUCGAGACGAAGUAAUUUUAGGGUCGCUUGUCAGCACUCUUAGCAUUGUUUUCAGUGCAAUGACUAGAGAAGAACAGCUACGAGCUCUUGUCGUCGUGAAGCGCAAAUUUCUUCCUCUUCUUAAAAUAUCGAAAAGCGCGAUAUUUCCUCUCCAGAUGGCGCGUUUAUUGCUUAAUGUGAGUACAUCAAAGGUGAAAGACUUGUUUUUGUCACUCGCUGCUGAUACUGAUAUCAUCUCGACAAUCUGCACGAAAUAUUCAGCAGCUUAUGCGAUUGAAUCGGUUCUCCACAGUUUGAUGCUAGAAGUUCUGCUUCAAUUCGCCCAAGGCGUGGGCGAAAAUGCAACUUCUCGUCUAUCCAAGCCUUCCCGCGAUAAAAUUUGCAAGCGACUUGUCGAGAUGAUCGCACCAUUGCUUACGGUUGUAUGUCGCCACCGCAUACCAGGCUCAUUUAUGAAACGGGACGUCUUUAUUGCUGCAUCUCAAUGCAUGAUCGCCAUUUUACAGACGCUCCCGAGUGCGUCUCUUACGUCCAGCAACAGUACUCUGCAGCAUACAGAUAGCAGUAUUCUUCUCGAUGGUAGCUGGGCGUCUCGAUUUCUGUUUGACCACGUCUCACCGAUUCGUGAGCUUGGCUAUCGUGUCAUCGAACAAAAUGCAGCUAUAAAUCCUCCAUCAUUACAACUUGUGGAAAUGGCUGCUGAAAUAUCGACGGAUAAGACCGAAUCGGAUGCUGUACGUGCAGCAGCAUGUUCGGCUACAAUGCAAAAUAUACUCCAGUUUCACGAGCGCACUAAAGAACAACAAGCUGCGCUGUCAACGAUUUUUCAUGGUAAUACAUUCGCAGGAAAAGUGGUGCGCAUUCUUUUCAGCAUCUUGAAAAGCAACAAAUUACUUGUUCAUACUGCAAGCGCAUUUCUGCGAUUAAUUCGAGUAACAUUUGUACAAAACGACACUAUAGCAUCGCGUUUUGGGGAUAUGCAGAAAGAGCUGGAGAAAGCUCAAGAGGACUAUGAUAUCUACCCGCUCUUAAUUCAGGCUCUAUCCGUUCGAGAAUGGAAGCUCAAAUGUUAUCGCUAUUGCUCGAGCUGUAUGCUCUUAUCGCAUUGCGAUGACAUUGCAUGGAGACACUCGCUGCUUCCGGCUAUUUUAGAAACAAUAAAUGAACUUCUUAAUCUCCUACAGACAAUUUGCCGCAGGAAUGAGUUUGAUCAAGUGGCGUUCUUCCUCUUGCAUACAACUUUGCAGUACCAAGUUAUGGAACUUGUCAAAGAGAUUUAUGAUUUGAUGGACGACAUACACUUAGAAAACAAGUAUUAUGAGGUUCUUGAUCUAUCCGCAAGCACCCUUAGCAUUUUGGCAAUGCAGACUUUUGAUCAGAAAAAUAUCAGAGAUUUUUUAUCAUCGACAGCAUCGGAUAUAGGGGCGAAUUUUAUACUCACGGUGGCAAAGCUGCUAGAACCUCAGCACCCGAUUAAAUUUCGAGUGUCAUUCUGUCGAGCUGUGGCUGCGGUGUCUCUUCUGAUACCUGGAUCGUAUCAGGCUAUAGAUGCCGCUGUAAUUAAGUCACUGUGCUCCAAUUUGUUUGAACUCUACCAAGAGCUGGCUCAGCUCAGACUGGCUGAUACAAAGUCUGCAUCUGAAGCUAAAGAUCGCGCUUCUUCAUUGGCUUCUAUUCGACGUGUAGCAUGUGCACUACAAGUUUUACUUGAAUCGAGGCAACCCUCUCUUCGCCCACUUGUUCACAUUAAGCGUGGAGUGCCUUUUGCAAUGACGAGUAUCAAGGAAUUGUUUACUGCGAUACGCAUAGCUGGUGGACUUAGCGGCAGCCGAAAUAGGAGUUCAAAUGAUGUCAGUGCGAGUUCACGGGAUGCAUACGUGCUAGAUCUCUUUAGCUGCAUCCAGACACAUAUGGAAAUCUUGACUUCUAUUAUCGGAGGCGACGAGGACAACCAGCAACUAGUAAAGGACGAGGGUCUUCUCCAUGUCAUUCUAACGAAUUGGAACAUGAUGAAGACGGCUCAUAUGCGCGGGUCCGAAUUAAUGAUACGCACUCUGUAUCUUCUGGCAAAUUAUAUUUAUGGGAAUGACAAAGCGAAGAAAUCGCUGCUAACGUUUCUGACGCCUGGUACUGGAAAAGGAGACACUUCCACGUCCCUGGUUUCACUGUUGCUGGAUCUGGCGAACUUUCGAGGUGAGAUGACAGCAUUCAACACCCAAGGGAAUUUCGGUAAAACCAUUCCAUCCGAAGCGGAUAUGGCACUGAGCAACGCUGCAUGUCAAGUGCUUAAAGCUGCUCUACUAAAUUCAGACUGUAUGUUAAAUUCUGUCAAGACGGGGUCGAUUCCAAAGUUGGUUAGCUCGCUUCAAGAUCGUUUGAGCAUCGCUUGCUCCGAAGAAGGGGCGCGUUACUUGUACACGAGCGUGGGAACUGUGCUUUCCUUUGUGUUUGACGAUGUAUUUCAUCUGUCCGAUCAAAACAUUCGGCAUCACGGGUGCUUAUUCGUGCGAAAUUUGUCCCUCUCUCAAGCGGCCAAGAACCACUUCGCUUUCUGGGAAGAACUACUGGAUCCGAUGGUUGAUCUCUGCGUUCGUGCCAGUGGUGAAACGCCCAGAGACCUGAUUUGUUUGGAUUACAUAUCAGUGGCUCUCUGGUCGCUUGUAUACGACAAUCAGAAAGCGCGUGCUUUGUUGCUGUCGAAACCUGCAACGUUACGAAGCUUGAAACAAGUGCUAAGCUCCCAAUCGUCUGACGACAUCGGGAAAAACUUACAGCGCGUUUUGAUGCUCGUCGAAGCUUAG